CUUAAUCUUGGUGUGUCUUGGUACUGUCCACUCGAAGUCUAGACUUCUUAUUUUAAGAAGUACUUGAUGGAUUGGGAAUUCAGGACAGUCGCUCUCGGCCUACUUCCUAUCUCCACACUACUCAUCUAACCUUCCGAAUGCUUGCUUGAAGCAGCUCAAUUCUUUGCCGCCUAGUCUCGUAUAGCCACAAUCAGGCAUCAUAUUUUCGGCACCUAGGCAACAAUUAAGCUGCCUCAAUAAUUCCCCAAGGCAACCAAAUAUCGGAUGAUAUUAAGGUGUCUAGAGCAUCCAAACAAUAGGUCGAUAUUCAUUCAGCAUUCACAGCUUGGCUACAUAUCAUAUCUUCAUAGACUACAUCUGCUUCUUCCAUCUUACAUCUCCACAUCACACUACCCUCCACACAAACAAUCAACACACACACAAUGGACUCAUCAUCACUCCAAGAAACCCCAGCUAUUCCUUCCCUCAAUUUGAUGGACCUCCCCACAGAACUUCAUCUACACAUCUCUACAUUUCUCCCAUACCCAGAUGCACUAGCAUUGAAACACACCUCUCGUCACUUCUACUCUCUCGUCUACACCGGGGUGCACCUCAAAGUCGACUGGUUUGUCGAGCGCUUUUCGCAGAAACUCGAUUGUCCCAUGGAGAAAUGCUCGUUCCGGACAGACGAGGCGUUCUGCAAUAAGACAAUUCGAAUGAUCAUGGAGCGCAGAAGACGGCAUCUGGAGUGCAGGGCACAGCCGGGUGGGUGUCUGGUCAUUGAGGGGAGGACAUGUCAGAAGGAUCUGAUUCCAUUGUGGAUGAAGAAACGUGGUCGUUGGGAGAUGAUUAGAUCUUUUGGACAUGAAGCUUUGAUUCAUGGGCUUAUCUUUCUCUGUGUCUUUUUGCUUUGGAAUAUGAGUGCAAGGCUAUUGAAUGGUGCGAUGGUGACAGUAUAACGGCAGCCAUUUUACACGCCCAUCGCUCUUCAGUUGCACAACAUGAUGCAACUGAUUUGGAUACUUGAUGCGAAACUAUGUCAGUAGCAGCUGGCUGCUACAUGUA